GUUUGAAUGGAAAAGCUAUUUUUAGCCUGUGUUUAAACUUCGUUCAUUCUCCAGCUUCACGUGUGAAGAAUUAGUCUCGUUUCUUCAGUUUUUGGGAUCGCACCAAUGCGAAAUAAGGCCGAAUACUUUAAGUGCUUCCUAACAGCCCAAUCACCAUUUUGAACAAAGCCCUCGUUGAGCAACAACACUCUCCACUAAUGGCCUUGGCUUAUGGGCCAUCUAGUGAAGAGGAUAUUUAACCAGUAUCCCGUUCAAUAAAAUUGACUCUGCUGUCUCGGUCGGUGUGACGAUAAGAAGUGGCCGCGAACGAGAAAUUCUUAUGCUUUGGCAUUGAUUUCUAGCCUGAAACUUUAGUCUGGAAAACUUUGCCCAUGUUUUGCAAAAGACAUGUCUGUAUUCAAAUUUCCGCUCAUCUACUCCGACAUUUUUGGAUGGCGGCUAAAUUCGGGAUUAGAUUAUAACCUUCAAGUUAGAUCCAGAUUCGACAUUCCAACACAGAGCAAAAAAUCCAAUCGAAACAUUUGCACCUUCAAAAGCUUUGGAUGAGACCGAUCAUUAUCAGGGGCAAGUCCCACCCAAUCAAACUCCAUGGAGAUGCUAAACCAUCCUAUCCAAACACUUGAACUUCCACAAACCUUCACCAGGAUUCGGACGGGUGUUGUUGUGAUUGUGCUUCUUUUCGCAUUGGGACCUUGGCCUCCAAAAGUAGACACUUCCAGCGUUCCCAUGAGAAUUUCCCAGGAAUCUGAGGUGUCUGGAAAAGGAUCCAAUGUUGCCUUAUCAUUGUGUAAAUGUCAAGUCAUGUCUGGACCAGAAAGCCAAAGUGGGCUCGUCGAGUGCGCCAAUAUCGCAAAAUUGGAACAAUUGUGUACUUCAAGGUCUGUUCCAAAUGAGGCCAGACACUUGAAAGUUAAACAAUUCGCCUUGGAUCGGCUUUCCCUGACUCGAGAGAUCUUGGAGGACAGGCUUUUGAUGAAUGUGGGCGUACUGGACUCAAUUGUGAUUGUGAACUCAUCCAAACUCCAAGAAAUUGUGGUUUGUGGCCAGAGUUCUAUGGGGGAUCCGAACUUGAUCCCAUGUGGCAGCUUUUCGAAUCUCAAAUAUUUGGACUUGAGGAACAAUAGUUUGAGCCACCUAAGGCCCUUCCAUGAACUUCCCAGUCUUCGGUAUUUGUUUCUUUCAGGCAACCCUUGGCCAUGCUUUGACGUGAUCCAAGUGCCCACGCCCGAUGCCAUUCCAAAUGGUCUGGUUUGGAUGCUUGCAUUCCAAGAGCAAUUCCAAGAUGUUAGCUCAACUUUUUGUGCUAAGCAUGAGCACAACCAAUGGUCUCAAAUUGUGGCGACACAACCGUCUUCCAGAGUCUCAAAUGCGACUCUAAUCGAUUAUCUUCAUUCAUUCCACCAAAUGGAUAGAACAUGUCCAUCUGAGUGCGUUUGUGAGAUUUUCAGUAUUGUUCCACCGUUCAAAAUCAGAGUCGAUUGCUCUAAUCUCAAUUUGACCGAACUACCUCAAGUGGUGCCCGACAAUACACAAAUACUGAAUGUGGAACACAAUCAAAUCUCCAGCCUCUCUGCACUGAGAACCAAUUCGCUCUAUCAGCAUUUGAGCAAGCUCCAUGCAGCCAAUAAUGAGAUUCUGACCCUCUCAGAUCUCCAGGGAUCACCUCUGUUGGCCAACAAACCCACUACCAUUGACAUGAGGGGAAAUCUCCUGACAGACUUCGAUCUCUUCGUCUUGGAACCAACGCUACGAAGUGUGAAAUCUGUUCACUUUGAUGCAUUGAAUUUCAUGUUUGGUAAUAACCCUUGGGAUUGUGGUUGUGAUUCCCUUAAAGAGACUCAGGAUUUCAUAUAUGCUUAUGGCUCCUAUAUUCGGGAUGCCCAACAAAUGGCCUGCGGAAAAUCUGGGGCUCCAAAAAUCGUGAGUGCCAGGUACUUGGAACUUUGCACUCCUCACCACGUCGACUACCUCCUUUGGAUCACCAUUCUCGAGGCCAUCCUCUUGCUGCUAGUUUGUUCCAAGUUGAUUUAUGACAUUGUACAAUAUCGGCGAACUGGUCAAUUGCCUUGGCUGGCUCGGAUACUUUGCAUCGGAUGCUCUCAUUCAAACUCAAAAUCUCAUUACACGAGGAGCCAGGAGCGGCGCAAGUCCUCAUUUUGCGGAUGUGGAACAUUCCGACGGUCUUCACAACAGACUUUGAGCUUGGAAUCGUCGGAACCAGGACGUCGUUUCACUCUUGACGCAUUUAGGCCCAGGCGGUUUACUUCUUUGAGUAACAUUGUCAAAUCCUCAUCAAAAUUGACGACCACUCCUCCAAGUCAGAACAAUCGAGUCGUAAGGCCCGAUUCCCAAUCGAUAUCUUCCCUCGUGGGCAUGGAAUUAGCCGCUUUUGAAAAUGGCGCCCAAACUGAUUCACUGGCCUAGAUCUAGGUCAAAUGUAUGUUCUUGAAAAGGGAGCAUAAAUAUAUUUUUCCGCUUAUUUUUUAAUAAAUACAAAACAACAUACAA